AUGACGCAUACUUCAAGUAUCAUUACCCUCGAUAACCUCGACGAUUUGCCACCAUGGGUUCCCGACGCUGCGAGCCACUUGUUCGCCAUUGUCGAUAUGGGAUCAAACGGCAUCAGGUUCACCAUCACGGACAUGACACCACCAAACUCACGCCUCCUACGUUGCAUCUUUCGUGAAAGAGCCGACAUUUCUCUUUACGACGCUCUCAACUCCAAUGCCGAUCGAGCCUCAGGCGCUGCCUUGUCCUUUCCGCUAGAGACCAUCGUUCAAGUUUCCGAGACUCUCGCCCGCUUCCGCCGCAUCGCCAGCUCGUAUGGGGUCCCGGAAGCCAACUUUUCGGUCCUCGCCACCGAGGCCAUGCGCCGCGCCGCCAAUGCCGCCGAUAUGCUAGGUGCCAUCCGGGAGUCAUCGGGUCUUGACGUGCGCAUUCUCGCCCCUGCCGUGGAAACUCUCUUUGGCGCCGUCAUGGGUUCGCGUUCGGCCUUUGUCAACAUUGAUCGCGGUGGCUUGUUCCUCGACAUGGGCGGCGGAUCGGUGCAGAUGACAUGGGUCGACACCCGCCUGCCCUCGUACGAGAUCGCUGCGGCCGCUGCCGGGGAAAGUAUGCCUUUCGGCGCAGCGCGACUGAUUCGCCUUCUCGAGGCUGAGCCUGCCGAGGUGCGGACCUCGGAGACGGGCAAGCUGCGUCAGACCAUGCAGGCCGCCUUUGCGCGCCUCUGCGACACCUUUCCAGGCUGCCGAGAGCGCGCCGACAGCAGCGAGGGCCUCGAUGUUUUCAUGUGCGGCGGCGGUCUUCGAGGCUACGGGUGCAUUCUGCAGCACUGCGAUCGCAUCCAGCCGUAUCCCAUCGCCUCUGUUGGCACCUAUACCGUCACGGGUGGCUUCUUCAAGCAGACGGCCAAGAUGCGCAAGGUCAAUGACGAGUACGACGGCAAGAUUUAUGGCAUGUCGAAACGCCGCCGACAGCAGUUCCCCGCCAUUGCCGAGGUCGUCGAGGCUUUAUCAAAGCCGUCUCAAACAUCCGAACGGGAGAGCAAUCCCCUGGAAGUCUUGGCAGGGGUCGCCUCUGAGGACUUGCCUAUAGCACACGCCGUUCUGGACAUGCUGCGAAGUGCCGUGCCGCCUUCUGUAGAGAUUGGGACAAUACCCUCCAUCUUCUCGCUGGGGCUAGGCUUGUUGUUCGUCCGCCAAAUCUGGAUGCACCAGGGCGAGGAUGAGGACGCGAAUGCCUCGUCCGCGCUGCACGAAGCCAUCACGCGCGAUCCUGGUGCUCCAGGUCUCACACACACUACUCGCUCCAUCUUGGCUCUGGCGGUCUGUUCCCGUUGGGGCGCAAAUCUCGGUCCCGUCGACACUGAGUUGCACCACAAUCUCAAGAGGCUCCUGGGCGACAUUGAUGCCGAGGCCCCUUUCUGGGCCGACUACCUUGGCGCUGUAGCUGCGGUUCUGGUGGACAUUGUUCCCGCGUGGCCGAGAUCGCUCGAUGCGAUGACGACCAAUAUAAGAUUUGAGGCCACUGCAGACAAGACGAAAAAGGAACGUGACCGCAUCAAUCUGACGGUGUUCGUGUCGGCGGAUGCAGCCAAGGGCAUCGACACCGAGACUGUCAAGGAACGGUUUUCCAAUGUCGGCAGGAUGAAAGGCGAGAAGAAGCCCCACAAGAAGGUAAAAGUUCACAUUGAGUUGAUGAACCAGGACAAACCAUGA